AUGCCACGGAUCAAACCGUCAACCAUUUGGAAAGCCUUUUCCCUAAAUAAAGCCCUGCCCUUUUUGUUGCCAGAAUGUAGAUCGAUUUCAGCAGCUAAACAAGAACUACACUGGAUUGAAAACGAGUGCACGUCUCAUCGACAGGUUGUACAAUGCUGUAAACUCCGAUAUCGCCAUUACCCGUUGCAAUACAUCCUGCGAUCUCAGCCGUUCGGCCCAUUGAGCGUGAAGUGCGAACGCGGAGUUCUGAUACCGCGUUGGGAGACUGAAGAAUGGACCAUGGACCUGGCUCAACGGCUGCCAGCGAGCCAGAAACUGCAAAUCUUGGAUCUCUGUACAGGCACUGGAUGCGUUGCACUUUUGCUCAAGCACUUGCGACCAAAAUCGACAGUCCAUGCCAUCGAUUGCUCGCCAUUGGCUUUCAAACUGGUCUCUUUAAAUGCUUCCAGUCUUAAUAUUGACAUUCAACCAGUAAAACUAGACAUUCUCGACGCUCACGCUCCAAAUGAGCUUCCAAAUUUUGAUAUCAUUACUUGCAAUCCUCCGUACAUCCCAAAAUCAACCUUUGUCAAAGAAACCUCGAGAUCAGUCAAGUUAUUCGAGCCCAAACUAGCACUUAUUGGCGAAACGGAAUUCUACAGUAACUUGCUCGAUUUCUGGCUUCAAAAAACAGACGCUUUCGUGUAUGAGGUUGGCGAACUGUCACAAUGUACUUACAUACAUCACCGGAUUGCCCAAAAUGCACAACUCUCCGACCUGUGGCGAGUAGGUUUCAAGUUCGAUUCUAAUAGACAAGCAAGAGUGGUCUUUGGUUACAAGCGAGCACACACUACGCUGAAUUGGGAAAAAGUGUUUGAAGGGUUCGGUGAGCUCAAGCACUAA